AUGACGUCCAAGGAGGAACAACUUAUACGCGUGCUGAUAUCCGGCGCUGCCGGCCAAGUUGCAUACUCACUCGCCGGGCUGGUUGCGCACGGCAUGGCAUUCGGUUUAAAGCAACCCAUGAUUUUGCAUCUCUUCGAUCUGCCGCUAGAGACGGGAAAAAUGGAAGGUCUUCGCAUGGAACUAAUUGACUCAGCACUACCUUUGCUGCGCGACGUGAUCGUUACCAGCGAUCCGGUUGUGGCUUUUCAAGAUAUAUCAGUGGCCUUCCUGAUGGGCGGCAAACGCCGACAGCCUGGCAUGAAGCGCUAUGAGCUCAUUGCGAACAACUGCCGAAUAUUUAAAGAUCAAGGCCUCUGUUUGGAAGCUUUCGCACGCAAAGACUGCAAGGUGGUCGUGCUAGCCGAGCCCUGCAAUACAAUGUGCUACAUCUGUGCCGAGCAUGCGCCAUCUAUACCGCGUGAGAAUUUCACCACAAAUGCGCGUUUGGAUUACAAUCGUGCCGUCGGCUAUAUAGCAAGCAAUUUGAAGAUUUCCGCUGCUAACGUAAAGAAUAUGAUUAUCUGGGGCAAUCACUCGGAUUCGAUGCAUCCGGAUUGCUCGAUAGCCAGCGUGGUUGUCAAUAAUAAAAGUCACCGCCUCUCCGAAUAUUUGGGUGACGAAAUGGCUGUCUUUAAAACGCAACUGGCGGAAGCUGUCAUCAAGCGUGGCGCCGAAAUAAUUGGUGCGCGUGGCAUGUCGUCGGGAUGGUCGGCAGCCAAAGCGUUAUGUGAUCAGAUGAGAGAUUGGAUAGCGGGCACACCACAGGGUGUUAUGGUGCCGAUGACGGUCGCCUCGGAUGGCAGCUAUGGCACACCGAAAGAAAUUUUCUUCACCUUUCCCGUGGAGGUGCAGCGCGGCAAAUGGAAUAUAGUCAGGGGCAUUAAGAUUGAUGAGAUGUCUAGGAGUAAGAUAGACUUCAGCGGCAAGGAAUUGCUGCAAGAAAAGAUGGCUGCCGUUGCGGAGAUGGGAGAGAGUUAUAACUGA